AUGGCCGAUCCCGUCAUUAGUGCCACUAUUCAGGUUGCCUUGGAGACGGCAGUAUCUCUUGCCACUGACAGGAUUGGUAUGUUAGUUGGGUUCAAGAAGGAUGUGGCCAGCAUGACACGUACUCUCCGCUGGAUCAAUGCUUUCUUGGCUGAUGCUGAGGAAAGACAACAACACCAGGACCGGGUAGUGCAAGAAUGGUUGAAGAGUCUCGAGGAGGUGGCUUAUGAGGCGGACAAUGUGUUGGAUGAGCUCCACUAUGAAUCCCUUCGUCAACAGGUGGAGUCCCGAAACCGACACAAGCUCAAGGUAUGCUGCUUCUUCUCCUUCUCUAACAUUAAUCUUGCUUUUCGUUGGAGAAUGGCUUCUAAGGUCAGAGACAUCAAACUUAAGUUGAAUGGCAUCUAUCAAGACGCCCAUGGAUUGGGACUGGUCAGUAGGGAAGUCUUGACGGCUGCCCUCCCUGCUGCUCCUGCUGUUGGAGACACAAGAAAUCGGCAGACUGACUCUGUUGUCGCUCCAAUAAUUGGAAGAGCCGAUGAUGAAUCAAAUAUAGUGAAGAUAUUGUUGAGCCCGUCUAAGAAGGUUGUUUCUGUUCUUCCCAUAAUUGGUAUGGGAGGUCUAGGCAAAACAACUUUGGCUAAAUCGAUAUACAACAAGCAGCAAAUUGAUGCGCACUUUAACAAAAAGAUUUGGGUUUGUGUAUCGAAAAAAGUUCCAAUAGUUGAGCUUUUCAAACUCAUAUUAGUGCAAUUGACGGGAGAAAAGGUUGAAGUAGAUGAUAGGAAUGUCGUCGUUGGAAAAAUUGGGAAUCAACUAGGGGGAAAAAGAUAUUUCCUAGUGCUUGAUGAUGUGUGGGAUGAUGAUGAGGCGUUGUGGGAUGACUUUUUCACCACCUUGAAGGGGCUCAAUCCAACCAAUGGAAGUUGGUGUCUUGUCACUACUCGUUUAAGGAUGAUGGAAAAUGAAGCCUAUCCAUUAAGAAAACUACCUGAUGAUCAUUGUUGGUCUAUCCUAAAAGAAAAAGUAGUUGGAGGGGAAGAAGAAACUGAUGAACUAAAAGCAAUUAAAAAGAGAGUAAUCAAAAGAUGUGAUGGUCUACCAUUGGCUGCAAGUGUAAUUGGAGGUCUAUUAUCUUUAAAGAGAAAAGAGGAGUGGCAAUCAAUUUUGAAGAAUAGGCUUUUGAGUUUGAGUACAGGUGGAGAUCAUGUGAUGCAAAUACUUAAGUUUAGUUUUGAUAAUUUGCCAUCUCCAUACAUUAAGAAAUGUUUUGCAUAUUGUUCUAUAUUUCCUAAGGAUACUGAGAUGGAAGGAGAUAUGCUAAUUGAACUUUGGAUGGCAGAAGGUUUCCUCCAAGCAGAUCUCAACAGCCAAAUGAUGAUGGAGGAAAUUGGAAUGAAUUAUUUGAGAAUUUUAUUGCAGAGUUCGUUGUUGGAAGAAACAAGAAAUUAUCAGGGAACAUGUUAUAAGAUGCAUGAUCUGGUGCACGACCUUGCCGAGUCAAUGUCAAAGUCUACCAAAGUCAUUAUUGAUAGGGAUACACAUACAGUAGACAAUGGUGAUCAGAUUCGUUACCUUGCAACAGACUCAUUUGGUGGUGGAGAAGACAGAGAAAAAAUUUUGGAGAGUCUAUCAACUUCGCUUCAUACAUUGUUUGUAAAAGGUGACUUAUCUGGUGAUAUGUUAAUGAAGUUGAAGAACUUGUAUGUUUUGAAUUUGUCUCGUGCAAGAACUCGAGAGCUACCAGUCUCAAUUGGCAAACUGAUACAUUUGCGGUACGUUAACCUUGAGCGGUCUGCAAUCAGUAUUUUGCCAGACUCCCUUUGCAAGCUUUACAAUCUGCAGACAUUGAUGCUAAGUUAUUCAGAUGUUAAAGUUCUUCCGAAGGGGAUGUGCAAUUUGAUUAGCUUGAGACAUCUCCAUUAUAAUAAUAAUUAUAAAGAAUUUCAAAUGCCGCUAGAGAUGGGACGGCUGACUUGCCUUCAGACGCUAGAGUUCUUUAAAGUGGGUCGAGAGAAGGGUCGACGAAUUGGAGAGCUUGGAAGCUUGAAGAACCUCAAAGGCAAAUUGAGGAUACGCAAUCUGGAACUAGUAAAGGUUAAGAAAGAAGCUGAGGAAGCAAAACUAUCUGAAAAGGCAAAUCUAUUUGGGUUGGUACUUGAGUGGGCCUACGAUCGAGAAGGCGACGACUACAACGACGAAGAUGUGUUAGAUGGCCUUCGACCCCACCCAAAUUUGGAGGAGUUGGUAAUUUGGAAUUUUAUGGGCGAUCAAUUUCCUCGAUGGUUAAUGGAUUUGCCAACAACAACAACACUCCCUGAGUUUGCAACAACACUCCCCAAGUUAACGAGUUUGGCAUUUAAUUUCUGCCACAGAUGCAGAGAACUCCUUCCCCUGCAAAACUUUACGUCUCUUAAAGAGCUGGUGAUUUUUUGUUGCGAUGGGUUGACGAAUCUGCCAGGUGACAUGCUACACUCUUGUGCCUCUCUCCAGAAGCUUCGGGUGAGUUGGUGCUUCAAUCUUUUCUCCUUUCCGCUUGAUUUGCAACAAACACCUUCUCUCUUGAAGUUGAAAUUAUGGGUGUGUCCCAAACUGAAAACAAGCAUGACGCCCAAAGGAUUUGGUUUCCUAACCAGUUUAAGGGAGCUUGAAAUUGGUCCCUUCUCAGAUGAUGGUGAUGAUCAUGAAAAUUCUUCAAUUUACAAUGAGUUUGAUUGGUCUGGAUUGAUAUCCUCUUCCUCAUCCGCACUCCGUAAAUUAGAAUUAUAUGGGUUGCCACACAUGGAGUCCCUACCACAUCAGAUCCAAUACUUGACCACUCUGACGUCACUAUGUCUAUGGGACUUUGGAGGUAUAAAAGCUCUGCCAGAUUGGUUCGGAAACUUCGCUGCUCUUGAAGAACUAUAUUUAUAUGAUUUCAAAGAACUUCGACAUUUACCCUCUGAGGAUGCCAUCAGAAGUCUCACCAAACUAAAAGAUCUGGAGGUUUAUGGUUCUCCUAUGUUAAAAGAAAGAUGCACUCCUGAGAGCAGCGGCCCCGACUCCCAGUGGUCCAAAGUUUCUCACAUUCAAUACCUAGUCAUACGUGGUUAA